UUAUCUAAUCACCUUAUCUAAAUGGUCUCAAACCAAAUGGAUAUGGAUCUGAGCGGCGGUGACUGCGGGGGCGGUGACCAACAGCAGCAGCAACAACAACAACAGCCCCCUCCCGGUGCCGGCGGUGGUGGCCAACAGCCAGACCUGACCGCUGAGCUGUUGCAACGCUUCUCGUGUAUGAAUACCACCGAUCGGGACGUUUUGGUCAACCAAUUGAAGCUACUGUUGGGCGAACACGUGACCGACGAUUCGGCCCACUUUUGGCUCGAUAUGAACAACUGGAACCUACAGGCGGCCAUCUGUUCCUACUUCGACUACGAACAGCCGGAAGGCAUGGCGCGGGUGGGCGCGGGCUGGUCAAUGAAACUGGUCAACGAUGUGACCAUCGGUGAGGGCGAAGAGGUGCCCCCAAACGCCAAUUUUACCAAGACUUGGAGGAUCGCCAACUCCGGGACCGAGCCGUGGCCUAUCGGCUGUCACUUACGGUUUAUGGCCGGCGACCAGAUGUGCCACUCGGAGCGCGUGCUCGUCGACCCACUCGGACCGGGCGAUCAGACGGACAUCUCGGUGGACAUGAUAUCGCCCCAGAAGUCGGGCAGUUAUACCUCUCAGUGGCGUAUGAGCACACCUACCGGGCAG